CAAACCAACACGGUGACCUGAAUUUCUGCUCAAUGUGAAUUUGUGGAUUACACGACGUGAACAAGUUUGAAGGAAUGUGUUAUAAACAGGUGUCAACAGUACCUCCGUAGAACGGUUCUCCCUGCAGGCCAAUUACAGGCUGUCCAGGCCAGCCAGGAUGGCGUCCUUGAUGUGCUUUAGGAGGAUCCGCUCGAAGCGUUUCAUGAUGAAUGGGGUGAGAGCGACGGGGCGGUAAUCACUGAGGCAGGUAAUGGUUGCUUUUUAGGCACAGACACAAUGAUGGAAGACUUCAGACAGACAGGAACUGUGGAAAGCUGCAGGGACAGGUUGAAGAUUCCCAGAGAAACUUCUGUCAGUUGGUCUGGACAUGAUUUUAGUGUCCGACCUGACAUCUUAUCUGGACCCGCAGCCUUGUUGAUGUUGAUCCUCCUCAGGGUGGAGGUCACUUGGUGCAGCUGCAGGGUAACAGGCUGAUGCUGCACCUCUGGAGGGUGAACAGUACUUCUGCUGCUUGGAGUGUCGAAGCGUGUGAAGAAGCUGUUCAAGGUAGGAAGAGAUGAGCUGCUUCUUCUAUCUCCUGGCCUCCCACAGCGACAUCCACCAUGGCCGAUUUCUGCUCAUCCUGUGUCGUCAGCCACCGAUGGUCCGGUCAUUCGGAUCCCACCGCCGGAUCAGCCGCAGCCUCCAGGAGAGCUACAGGCUCCUGCAGCUUCCUGACGAAGGUCUCAGCAGCCCCGUUCAGGUAAAAGAGGCCUACCUGCACCUCGCCAAGCUCUACCACCCAGACUCCGGGGCAGCAACUGCAGACGCUGCACUGUUUGCUCGUGUUGAAGAGGCGUACCGAGCCGUGCUGGCCCACCAGAGCAAGACCAUGCCGCCUAAUGGAGGUAAAGAGGAGGAGGAGGAGAAGUCCAGAGGAACGGCCCUCCAGCACAGACACUACCUCAGCUACGAGGGCGUGGGCACAGGGACGCCCAGCCAGCGAGAGCGCCAGUACCGGCAGAUCCGUGUAGACCGGGCAGCCGAGCAGGUCCUGGACUACCGACAGAGAGAGCAUGAGCGAGCGGGGGCGGCGGAUGGGGCGCUGGUGGAGCGCGACAUGCGCCAGCGCAGCCAAAAGAUCAAGAUCACCCAGGCGGUGGAGCGGCUGGUAGAGGACCUGAUUCAGGAAUCCAUGGCUCGCGGAGAUUUCCGGAACCUGAGCGGAGCUGGAAAACCUCUCAACAAGUUCCAGCACAAUCCGUACGCCGACCCCAUGACCCACAACCUCAACCGCAUCCUCAUCGACAACGGCUACCAGCCCCCCUGGGUGGUCACGCAGCGAGACAUCAGAGAGGCCGCCGCUCAGAUCCGACACCGGCUGCUGGAGGGGAGGGCCCGGCUCGGAGAGAAGAUGACCCCCGCGGAGCAGAGGCAGUGGGAGCAGCUGUGUGCGUCCGUGCAGGAGGAGCUGCUGAAGCUCAACAAGAAGGUGGAUGACUACAACCUGAUCGUCCCCAUGCUUGGCAUGCAGAUGGUCCACUUCAGCUUGUCCCGAGAGGCGGAGCGAGCUGCGAAAGGAGCCGAGCGGUGCCGGGCGGAGCGGCAGAAAGAGCGAGAGGAGAAGCGAGAGAGGAGGAAGGAGGAGAAGAAGAGAGCCAACGCUGCAACCAAGACUAAACCCAGCAAGCAGGGCCUCGUCUCCUGGAUGCAGAGUUUGUUGAGAUAUUAAACCAGAGGUGGACAGCUCCGGUCCUCAAAGUCCUGCAGGUUUUAGAUGUUUCCUGCUCCAACACACCCAUCAAUCUGAUGCAGGUGUGCAGCAGCAGAAAACCUGCAGGACUGCGACCCUUUGAAGACCAACUUUGCCCAUCCCUGGUUUAUAAUACGAACCAGGUACUGGAUCUUACUGGUUCUGGUCUGUUACUGGCAGUGUUGGGAAAGUUACUUCCCAAGUGUAAUAUAUUUCACAUUACCAGUUACUUUCAAUUUUAAGUAAUACAUUUCUUUACAAUAUUACUCUCUGUAUAAAGUAAUAAGUAACAUAUUACUUUUCAGUUACUUUUCACCAAAAUAAGCAUUUAGGACAAGGCAUUACGCAAUGAAGGUGCGCAAUAUUUUGUCAUGGUGAAUAGUUCUCAUUUAAAUGUAGUUCCUCAUUAUUAUAGUAUGUGUGUGGCAACAAAGUCUAAUGAGGUUGCAUCAGAAAGUAGUUGUUAAUAUGAACUGCUGAAUUACAAUAAUGUAAUGAUAUGGAAGAAUUAAACGACAUGAUGUGAUACAAACUCUUGUUUUUAGCCGUUGACAGUUCUCUUGGCCUUCCACCAGCACAUAAAGUGCAUCUUACUGUAAUGUUCUUUUCGAUUUCUCUGAUGUAUUCAAAAUAGUGAGAGUAAACCCACUUAGAAAAUGUC